CCAUGUCAUCCCAACGACCAUCCAUUCCCAGACCGCCGCCUUCUCCUUUGCGACCAGGGUCACCACCUGUCAAUCCAUCUCCUUUGAGCUCUCAGACACCUUCUACAGGAGCUUUACUAAGUGCGAGACGCCCAACACCGGCGUCUCCACCGAAAACACGAGCCCGAGAUCUGCUACGGAAACAUUAUGGCCUAGGUGUUGGUCUACCCCCUGCGCGACCUGGAGUUCCUAAUGAUCCUAUGAAUAUGGAUUCGCCUGCGUUCGACGCCAAGGCGUAUUAUGAACAAUUAAUUACCACAUCAACCCUGCCCGCAUUGCUAAAGCAAGAAAACGAACUCGUUUCAGAGAUACGGGAACUUGACAGCGAACGCCAGUCAUUGGUUUACAACCACCACCACGAGUUGAUAGCUGCUAGUGAUACCAUUGCUGCUAUGAAAAGUCGGGCAGAGAGCCUGGAUGCCGACCUUGAUCUGCUCAAGGCAGCCUUCUCCGAGAUAUCACGUCUCGCAGAAGAGGUUACAGUGCAAAGUCAAUCUGCGGAAAACAAAGAAGAUACUCCUGUUUCUAGUUGAGUGCCCCCUAUCAACACUUCUGGAGGCCGUGAGGUAUAGGAUCGGA